CAGGUGUUUGCCAUAGUGGACCCAGAGGAGCAGGCAGCCAGUAUGACUCUGUUCUGUGGUCUUAUCUUUGCUGUAGGAUUAGUCUCUGCAACUUUUCAAACUAUUCAGGGGACCAUGUUUGGAAUCUCAGGGGAGAGGCUGACCAAGAGACUGCGACAUAUGGCCUUUGAGUCCAUGCUCAGACAGGAAAUUGGAUGGUUUGACGAACCCACCAACCAAGUCGGGGCAUUGACAGCACGUCUGGCAACAGACGCCUCAGCUGUCAAUGGCGCCACAGGAAGUCGUCUCUCCACCAUGAUCCAGUCGACAGCCAACAUGGGGACGGCGGUGGUGAUGUCCUUCAUCUUCGGCUGGAAGUUGACGUUGGUGAUCAUUGGUUUCUUGCCCAUCAUGGUGGCCGCUGGGUUGAUCCAGAUGAGGCUGCUCAUGGGGCACAGCAGAGGGGACCAGGUGGCACUGGUGGAGGGAGGGAAGAUUGCUAUUGAAGCCAUUGAGAACAUGCGUACAGUAGCAGCAUUGACGAAGGAGAAGCAUUUCGCAGACAAAUACAGUGGCCAUUUUGUAGAGGUUUACCAAUCUGGACGUCGCAACAGUCACGUGUCAGGGGUUACGUAUGCCUUUUCCCAGUGUAUCAUCUUCUUUGCAUACGCCGCAGCCUUUAGCUUCGGUGCCUACCUGGUUCAAACUGGCGAGAUGGAGUUUCAGAAUGUUUUCAGGAUUUUUGGUGCCAUAACAUUUGGAGGCAUGGCUGUUGGAAGAGCAUCUGGGUUUGCCCCCGACUACAGCAAGGCCAAGACAGCUGCUGCCAAACUGUUUGCUUUGUUUGAUCGUGAACCAUCCAUUGAUUCUUCUUGCCAAGAUGGAAAGACCGUGGCCAACAUAGCUGGUGAGGUUCGUUUCCAAGAUGCUCGCUUCGUGUACCCAACACGUCCCGAAGUGAAGGUCCUCAGGGGUCUUAACUUGACCCUUAAACCUGGUCAAACGCUGGCCCUGGUGGGGUCCAGUGGGUGUGGUAAGAGCACCACUAUCCAGCUGAUUGAGAGGUUUUAUGACCCUGUGGAGGGACAAGUGACCCUGGAUGGAUAUAACACCAAGGAUCUCAACCUGCAGUGGCUGAGGGGACAGCUCGGCCUGGUAUCCCAGGAACCUGUGCUGUUUGGCACCAGCAUCGCUCAGAACAUUGCGUACGGAGAUAACUCCAGAGAGGUUCCCAUGCAGGCAAUUAUAGAAGCUGCUAAAGCAGCCAACAUCCACAACUUCAUUUCUUCUUUGCCAAUGGGUUAUGACACCAAUGUGGGAGACAAGGGUGCCCAGUUAAGUGGUGGUCAGAAACAGAGGGUGGCCAUUGCAAGGGCACUGGUCAGAAAUCCUAAGAUACUGCUCCUGGACGAGGCAACAUCAGCUCUGGACACGGAGAGUGAAAAGAUUGUACAGGAGGCAUUGGACAAGGCCCAGGAGGGCAGAACAUGUAUAGUGAUUGCUCACAGACUGUCUACAAUACAGAAUGCAGAUCAAAUAGCUGUUAUACACAGUGGACGUGUGCACGAACAGGGCACGCACUCUGAACUCAUGGCCAUGCAAUCCAUGUACUACAAACUGCAAAUGGCUUCAAAGAAGGUCCAGAAAGCUUGAAUAUCAUUGGAUGAUUAAGUUUUGUUAGUUGUUCUCUGAUUGGAGAAUGUGGC